AUGGCGUUCAGGGAGUGCUCCAAAAAUUGGAAAAUAUGGGCUAUUGCCGGUGUUACCAGUGCGCUUCUGAUGUCUGCCAUCGGAUUCAUCCUGCUCUUCACGCUGUGGAAGGUCACCCAGCCAGACUGCAAGCAAGAUGCAGUUUGCCGCCCAGAUGCAGACAUGCUGGAUUACUUGCUGAGCCUGGGCCAGAUCAACCAACGGGAUGGCCUGCUGGUCACCUGGUACCAUGCUGCCAACAGCCAAAAGGAGAUGAAUGCUGCCCUGAAUAGCGACAUCAUGGUCCUAGAGGCAGACGUCAAUGUAGAAGGGCUCGACACAGCCAAUGAGACAGGGGUCCCCAUCAUGGCACACCCCCCUGCCAUCUACAGUGACAACACCCUGCAGCAGUGGUUGGAGACCGUGUUGGCCUCUUCCCAGAAGGGUAUCAAGCUGGACUUCAAGAGUCUCAAGGCUGUGGGGCCCUCCCUAGACCUCCUGCGGAGGCUGACAAAUGAAGGGAAAGUCCAGAGGCCUGUGUGGAUCAACGCUGACAUCGUGAGGGGCCCCAACAUUCUCAACUCCAUCGAGCUCAAUGCCACACAAUUCCUGGCCUUGGUCCAGGAGAAAUAUCCUGAGGCCACCCUAUCUCCAGGCUGGACCACCCUCUACUUGCCCAUGUUCCCGAACAGUACGUACACCCGAGCCAUGGUGGAGGAGAUGCAGGGGCUGGUAGGAGCGCUGCCACAGAGGGUCACCUUCCCGGUGCGGGCUGUCAUGGCACGGGCUGCCUGGCCCUACUUCAGCUGGCUACUGGGCCAAUCUGACAGGUACAGCCUGACACUAUGGCAGAGCAUCUCAGAAAACGUGUCAGUGGACGAUCUCCUCUACUUUCGGGACAACUGCGCAGCCCACCAAAUCUACUACGACCUCUUUGAGCCCGUUCUGUCGCAGUUCAAGCAGCUGGCCAUGAAUGCCACACGGAAGCAAAACUACUACACAGGGGGCAGCCUGAUCCCGCUCCUCCAGCUCCCAGGGGCUGAUGGUCUGAGUGUGGAGUGGCUGAUGCCUGACAUCCAGGGCAACAGAAAAACAGCCACAGUUCGACUCCCAGACAAAGAAGGCAUGAUCCUGCUGAACCUCAGCCUCCAGGAGCCUGCAGCUGGAGACCCUGUGCCCAUUGUGCAUGCCCCAGGUGGCCCUGCUUUGACGUUGGAGUCGUACCUGCUACAGCUCGCCAGACACUCUGGACGCUGGGGUGUCCAUUUGCACAUAGCAGAGCCCACAGCCCUUCGGCCAUCCCUGGCCAUGCUGGCCCACCUCUCCACCCUUGGCCACCUUGCUCGGCCUGUGUGGGUUGGGGCCACAGUUUCCCAUGGGAGUUUUGCAGUCCCUGGCCACGUGACCGGCAAGGAGUUGCUUACUGCUGUGGCUGAGGUUUUCCCCCACGUGACAGUGGUACCAGGCUGGCCUGAGGAAGUGCUGGGCAGUGGCUAUGGGGAACAGCUGCUCACGGAUAUGCUGGCGCUGUGCCAGGGACUCUGGCAACCUGUGUCCUUCCAGCUGCAGGCUGAGCCACUGGGCCAGAGCAUGGAUGGAGUUGUGGCCAGGCUACUGGCAGCCUCCCCAAGGACCACUGUCAUAGUGGAACACAGCAUGGCAGGGGGCAACUAUGCAUCUGUGCAGAAAGUGCUGCUGGCGACCAGGGCCGUGGACAGGACCCGGGUUUACUAUAGGCUAUCCCAGAGUUAUCGCAGAGACUUGCUGGCAGAUAUAGGCAGAAACUGACCACCCAGUGGUGCUGGACUAGAGGACC